CGAUCGCUUUAGCUUUAGCUAGGCUAGUGCAAGAAAGCGAGCGCUUUAGCUAGGCUAGCUAGUUUAGUGCAAGAAAGCGGUCGCUUUAGCUAGGCUAGCUAGGGCAGCCAUGGCUUCGACGGGCGACAACGAGGAGGAGUACCACAGCAGCCCCGAGGAGGCGGAGGAGGGCGGCGGCGACGACGUCGAUCGGAUGAGCUUCCGGUCCGCCUCCAACGAAAGCGACAAUGACGCCGGCGCCGACGAUGAUUGCACGUAUGGCGACAGCGACAGCAACGAUGAUUGCACGUAUGGCGACAGCGACAGCGACGAUGGCCUGUAUGAUGAAUACGAGGAGGAGGGGCUGGAGGAGGUUGACGAUGAAGGCGGCAUCCUGGACGAGAUGCGGUUCACGGCGACGCAGUACGCCGUGCUCACCAUGGACGAGUUGCGCGCGCGGCAGGAGGAGCACACGGCGCGGGUGGCCGACCUGAUCGCGCUCCCGCCGGCGCUCGCGGCCGCCGUGCUCCGGCACUUCAAGUGGAGCGCCCAGGGCGUGUGGGAGCGGUGGUUCUCGGACGAGCGCAAGGUCCGCAACGCCGUCGGCCUGCGCGAGGACGGCAGCGCCCUCUCCAUGGCCGUCAACGACGCAACCCUCACCUGCUACAUCUGCUUCGAAGUGCAAGGCCCCGGCGAGAUGCGGUCCGCCGGGUGCGCCCACUUCUACUGCCGCGGGUGCUGGAGCGGCUACGUGCGCACGGCCGUCGGGGACGGCGUCCGCUGCCUGUCGAUCCGGUGCCCGGACAUGGCCUGCUCCGCAGCCGUGGUGCGUGACCUGGUCGACGACGUGGCCGACGCCAAGGACGCGAAACGGUACGGCGAGUUCCUGGUCCGGUCUUACGUGGAGGAGAGCAAGAGGCUCCGGUGGUGCCCGGCGGCUGGGUGCGACCGGGCCGUGGAGUUCGACGGCGAGAAGUGCACGGUGCAGCUGGACGCGUGGUGCGCGUGCGGGCACGGCUUCUGCCUGGCCUGCGGCGAGGAGGCGCACCGCCCGGUCUCGUGCGACACGGUGCGGGUGUGGAUGGAGAAGAACCGCUCCGACUCGGAGACGGCGCAGUGGGUCCUGGCCAACACGAAGCACUGCCCGGAGUGCCGCCGCCCCAUCGAGAAGAACCACGGGUGCAUGCACAUGACGUGCUCGCCGCCGUGCAAGCACCAGUUCUGCUGGCUCUGCCUGGGCCCCUGGGAGAAGCACGACGGCGGCAACUUCUAUAACUGCAACCGCUACAACGAGGCCUGGGCGGAGGGAAAGUACACGGAGGAGGAGCUCCGGCGGUCGCAGGCCAAGGUGUCCGUCGACCGCUACCUGCACUACUACGAACGCUGGGCCGCGCACGAGCGGUCUCGGCAGAAGGCGCUUGAGGACGUGGCGGCGCUCGGCAAGGACGGAUCGCAGAGGGAGGCUGUCGCCGCCGCGUUCGGGGUGGUGGAGACGGAGCUCGACUUCCUGGAGGAGGCGUUCCGGCAGGUGGCCGAGUGCCGGCGGAUGCUGCGGUGGACCUAUGCCUUCGGCUACAACCUGGACGACCCGGCCAAGCGCGACCUGUUCGAGGACCUGCAGAGCCAGGCCGACAAGUCGCUGGAGCUCCUGCACGAGUGCGCCGAGAAGGACAGGAAGGACCUCGUCGCCGAGGCGGCCGGCGUCCGCGGCGCGGUGGCGGACAAGUACUUGGAGUUCAGGCCCAAGCUGUCGAGCCUGACGGCCGUGGCGAGGAACCACUUCGAGAACAUGGCCAGGGCGUUCCGGGACGGCCUGGCCGAGGUCGAGGUCGACCCGGCCGUAGCCGCCCGCCGGGCUGCGGCCGUCCCUCCUCCGCUGCCGAAAGACGACGACGACGACCACCGCUUCGACGAUCUGCGGAUGUGAAUCGUAGAUUGAUCAAUACAUGCAGCACCUGUAAUCGGCUCAACCGAUCGUACUCGCUGGGAUUUACACCAUCGAACUGCAUGCAGUUGUAAACAUUUUUUAUUAUUUAAUAGUAG